CAGAGAGAGAGAGUGGGGAUUGGAGAGGGGGAGAGAAAUCCAAAUCCACCAUCCACACCGGCGGGAGCCCAAAUUACUUUUACUUGUGUUUUGGCAACUGGGCCACGAACCACGAUGGAAGCACCCACCGGCCAACUGCCACCAUAUAAGCCGAGCCCCGACCCAAAUAGCGCCCCAAUAAGACAAUAAUUGAAUGGACACAUGGGAGACAGUACAAAAAUUCUAGAGCCAAUGAGAAUGAAACACGAUGACACACCCCCCGGCCUCCCCCAUUUAUUGAGAGUGAGCACUAAAGCAAUCGGCACUGUGCAGUCGUGUUCCAUUCCCAAAUCCCAAAUCCCAAACCAGUCAAGUCCCACUUGAUGAUCAAUGAACUUGUAACUCAUAAAGAAGAUAGGGGUAUUUUGGGAAAUCAGAAAUAUAGAAAUUGAGUAUAUAUGAAUGAUUCCUGUUGCCCACGUCUCUUUGCUCUCUACUCAAAGUCCCCUACCCUUAUCAUCUUCUAUCCUCCUCAAUUGCAAGAGCUUAGCAUUACUGCACAUACCCAAUAGCCCAAUUCCAAUAAUUCACUUCACAAACACAACCCCACCUUUUGGGUUUUGGCCGUUUGGCCUCCUCCUUCCUUCUAAGAGGAAGAAGAAAAAAGGAAUCCACAUCUCUCUCUCUCUCUCUCUCUCUCUCUCUGUUCUCUUCCUCACUGAUCACUUGAUUAUUUCCUUGUCUUUCUUCGUAAUUAUUCUUGAAUGAGCAAAUGGCCUCUGAUGAAACUAUGACCAUCCAUUAUUCAUCUAUGCACGAAGACGAGGAUGAUGUCGAUUACUGCAUCGAUGAGGAUGAUCAGCAGGACGCCCAUCAUCUUCAUCAUCAUCCCUCCACUUUAUCCAGGCUUUCCAUGUGUACUUCCAGCAGCCUCUACGAUAUUGACGACGAAGACGCUGCAACGUACAUGUCGCGUUUGUCCAUCGAAGACUCCGACGACGGAGACGACGCCGACGAGGAAUUAUCCGAUGACAAAGAGGGUAAGGGCGUCUCCGAUGUGUCUUCCGACUCCGACAAGGACCCCACUUGCUUCUCUCUCCCGGGAACACCGCCCAGGAGGAGAAUUCGACGGGGGAGUCUGAGUCUAGCUGACAUUCGUGUGAAGAAGUACUCCAGCGAGAACGAAGCUGAGAAGGACAGCCUCCACCGAAACACCAUAAAGAAGAAGCCGAACUCUUCCAGAAGGAGAAUAACCAGGGAAAGAUGGCUGGAGAGAGCUUGGGAGGAGAAGAAGAAGUACAACAACCACAGCAAGGCGGUGGCGGAUGAGGAUGUGACGAUGUUGAUGAUGAUGAUGGAGAACAGCAACAACAAUCAAAGUGGUGAUCAAAGCGAGUGUGUGGUGAUAACCAGGCCAAAAGGAGGGAGAAGGUCACUGUGUAUGGACUUGGAGGAAGUUAAGGCUUGCAGGGAUCUUGGGUUUGAGUUGGAACACGAGCGGAUGUUGGAAUUUCCAGGUCGUAUUUCGAUUUCAGGAUCCACCAUGGAUACUAGCAGCGGUAGCAAUUCGCCAAUCGCCAAUUGGAGAAUCUCCAGUCCCGGAGAUGACCCACGAGACGUUAAAGCUCGGCUCAAGGUAUGGGCACAAGCAGUAGCACUAGCAUCUGCUGCUUCUCGUGUCGUCAACUAACCGAUAACGUUUGAGUUGGAUUAGCGAUUCCGAUUCCAUUCCUUUUUUGAUCACCAUCCGGAUUAUAUCGGAUAGACACCCAUAGACAUAUACUGAUAGACAUUAGAGGGAUUUCCAAUUCCUUAAUUGUUAUUUCUCAGAAAACGCAAUAGAUUUAGAAAUAAAAUUUUGUCUUCCUGGUGUUAAUUAAGAGUGUUUUUUGAUGAGGAGCGUCUGUCCGUUUUUCCAAGCAUCUCUUCCGUCCCCUGUAAAUCCUGUAAUGUAAAACUGUAGAUAUAAUCAAUCACCCUCCAUGGCUGACGAGUGACGACUGAGACUGAAAGAUCGGGUUGGGUGGCUGUAUGUUUGUAUCACCAUCGCCACUUGUGUGGUUUAUCAGAGUCUCGUGUUAGAGUUACAGUCACAGAGAGCCAGCAGAGAGUGAGAUUUCUUUUUCUUAUUUAAUUUAUUUUUGUUUAUAAUUGAUUGGUAUUGUAAGUAAAUUUUAAUUUCCAUGUUUUCAAAGGUGGGAUUGAUGUAUGGACUGAAAUGCUUAAUUUGAGGUCCGAUGAGCUUUAUUACACAAGAUAAAGACAGCUUUCAUGGCUGAUGUUGACAAGCUUA